CGACAGCUGUACAGUAUAAAGGGCAAUAUGGGCGAUAUCUCUUGUAGUCUUGCUGUAACAUGGCUAAAGCAGUGAUCUGUGUGCUUCUUGCAUCUCUGUUCGCCUUGUGUACAUCUGCUCCGGUGGGUUUUCAUGGUGGUUCGGAUGCUCACUGUCCUCUGACCGUAAAGAUUCUGGAUGCUGUGAAAGGCAUUCCAGCUGGAAAUGUUGCUCUGGAUGUUUAUCGCCAGGGUGGAACAUGGGAAAAGAUUGCCAGUGGGAAAGUAGAUAUGUCUGGUGAGGUGCACAACUUGAUUACAGAGCAGGAAUUCACUCCUGGUGUGUAUCGGGUGGAGUUUGACACUAAAGCCUACUGGAAGGCUGAGGGCCGUACUCCUUUCCACCAGAUGGCUGAUGUGGUGUUCGAGGCUCAUGCGGAGGGGCAUCGCCAUUACACUCUGGCUCUCCUACUGAGCCCCUUCUCAUACACUACAACAGCUGUAGUCGCCAAAGCACAUGAGUGACAUUACACAUCCAUGUCAAAAACCCAUACAUAAAGAAAUUAAAUUUCACCCACCCUCACUCACUCCAGCCAUAUCAAUUAAAAAGAUCAGACUGUAAGUUUUCAACUAUAAAGUCUUUUAAUGAUCAUUACAGAGCGUCACACAGUGAAUGGACCAGUACAACAAAAGAAAAGGAAAUCUGGAACCAGGAUUGUACAUGUCAAAGCAGAUGCCAUCAAGAGAUUCUGCUUCUUACACUUGUCUAACAGUUAAAGUGGACCCUCAGGAACAGAAAAACGCAAACAGAGGAGAAGGUCCUAAUGUUUUUCAGUUUCAAAUCAAUGAGACAUUUCAGGUUUAUGGACAUAGCUCCAGAUUCAAAUUAAAAACUCUGAAUAAAAAGUAAAUGUAAA